AUGACGGCGACUGAACAAAAACCGUACUUCAAUCUACUCGAAGAGAAGCCCAAGGUAAGCAAAACAGUGAUCCGCCUUGAGCACUUGAUCCUCCGGGUGUAACAAUAUUAUCGACUGCUUUAGUAAUUAAAGUUGACAGAUGGAUUUUUGAUUGUUAUUAUUGCGGGGAUUGAUUACAAUUUAUUCAUUUCUCUUUCUCAGAAUUGGAAAAGAAUUUGAAAACCGAUGACGUAUAGAAUUUGGAACAUUAUUAUGUUUUCUAAAAGCAUUCUCAUUGCUAGGAUAAUUUAAGUAAUUUAUUCAUUGAUCUAACCCUCGAACUCUCAGCUGAUCUUGUCCCAUGACCUCGGAGCUGGAGCCAGUUGUUUGAAUUGUGAUUGCCCUGGAUUAGAUCUACAUUUCUGGAGGUAAAUACCAUUAAUUAGAGCCAUUAACACUUGCAGAAAGAGAUGCAAAAUAUGCACUUGUCGGGCAGAUGAGCACAACAUUGAAUUACCCCCGGAUCAUGAUUACUGUAACAUAAUUAACCGAAGGAAUAUAAACCCAGGGAAAAUCCAGAUUGAGGAAGAAAAGUUUUCGGCCGUGAAUGGAAGAAUUAGAGAGAAAAAGGACAAAGGAAAUGUCAAUAGCACGGAAAGAGUAAAACUUUUAAAAGAAAAAUUGGAAUGGAUUCCAUCAGAAGAUGUAGUCCUGGCCGAAAAAUACUUGGCCGCUUUAAAUGAGAAGGACCGGCCGAUCAAAGGGACCGAAGGGGGACAGAAGAGGAGGCAGAGGCUACAAUAUCAGGUAUAAAUGUUCCUUCGAAUAUUGAAUAACAUCUCUAUUUACAGCUCCCUGUAUAUGAUUGUUAUCCCGAGAGUGCAGUAUCAGUGGAGUCUCCAGCGAUCAGACAAGAGUUGGAGAAAUUUGUGAAAAAGGCACAAGAUGUAGGCACAAAUCAGACAAAAUCAAAGUAUUUUUAGAAUGUGGCCAUGGGUCAAGUUGUCUGCUCAAAUGUAAAUAGUCUUCAAGAAAAGGGAUACCAAGGACAAAUAAUUACAACUCCUCAUGGGAAAGUGGCCUCUUGUCAUCGUUGUAAUCAAGUUAUUCCCCCCGAUUCUGUGGGAAUAUUACCUUCCAAUAAACAUUCUGUGUUAGAAGUAAGUGACAAGAAACCAACUUUCCAUUGGUUCUGUCGGUAAACAAAAAAAGGGUUAUUUUUUACAGGACAUAUGGCAUCCGGCUUGUUUCAAAUGUGAAGAAUGCAACGAUCUUCUGGCCGACUUAUUGUAUUUCCACAAGGAUGGAAAGUAUCUUUGUGGGCGACAUUACUGUGAGAAGACUUACGAUCGAUGUGCUGGAUGUGAUGAGGUAGAUAAUUAUAAUUGCUGAUAUAUAAGAUGAGUUUACAGUUGAUCUUGGACAAGCAGUAUACUCGGGCUGAAGACCGCUCUUGGCAUGUGAAGCAUUUCUGUUGCUUCGGGUGUGAUAAGAGCUUCAUUAACGAAGAUUACGUGAACAAGAACGAGAUGUUCUAUUGCCUCGAUUGUUAUCUCAUCAAAUUUGCCAAAGUGAGGGGUCGUAAAAUCAUAAAAUAAUAUUACUUAGAUCUGCUUUGGGUGCGGACAGAAGAUAGCAGCGCCUGAGGCGUUCGUGGUUCACAAAGAAUUGUAUUGGCACAAACAUCCCAAAUGCUUUAGGUGAGAUAAAGAAAUAAGAAAAAUUUAGUUAAAAUCCAAAUUUUAUUUUCAAAAUUCAACGCGUUGCAAUAUGUUUGAUUUACAGAUGUCGGAAAUGUGCGAAGUACCUGGAAACCAAGUUCCUGUUCAAGAACAACAACAUCUUCUGCUCGGAUUUGUGUAAAAGAGAGUUCGAGAAGAUCGCUUAA